CGUUUUCUCUCAUGUGCCACUAUUUUAUACAGUUCCAUAUAAAAUAUAACUGUAAAUUUUCAAAAUGGCUAUGUCACCGAAGAACAUAAUGGGAAAGUUGGACACAGCAUUGGAGCAAGAUAAUGUGAUAAACAGCUAUUUAGACAAGAUUGAAAAGAAAACCAAUGUCAAAAAACGCUACAUUGUUAUUGCUGUGGGGUCUUUGAUCAGUCUUUACCUCGUUUUCGGUUAUGGGGCCGAUCUGUUGUGCAAUCUUAUAGGUUUCGUCUACCCCGCCUAUGUGUCUGUGAAAGCCAUUGAAUCUGUGAAUAAAGAUGAUGAUACAGCUUGGUUAAUGUAUUGGGUGGUGUUCGCCACCUUCAGUGUUGCGGAGUUUUUCUCAGACAUUCUUCUUUCAUGGUUUCCGUUUUAUUUCUUGGGAAAAUGCAUCUUCUUGCUAUGGUGUAUGGCCCCUGUGUCAUGGAAUGGAUCUAAUACUCUUUACAAUAAGUUCAUCCGUCCAUUUAUUCUUCGUAAUGAGUCAAAGAUUGAUAAUGUUCUUUCUAAUGUUACAAAGGGGGCAAAGGACUUGGUAGACCAGGCCACUAAGGAUGCACACAGCAGUUUCGUUGACACUGCAGCUGAUAUGGCUUCUGAAGCUGUAAAAGAGGGAUUGAAAAAAGAUGAAUAAGAAUUUUAAAAAGAAAAAAAAAUAAUUAUUUGUACUUAUUAUCAUAAUAUAUAUUGGAACUUUUCAAACUGCUGAUCUGGCACUGUAUAUUAAUAUAUUCGGAAUUCUGCAAUGUUUAGACGUCUGGCAAUUAAUCAAUUCACUGUGGCACCUUCAAAUUUGGCUUGCUUAUUAAACUGUUGCUUUAACCUAUUAGAUAACUGUUAGCUGCCCUUAUAAACAUUGUUGCAACCCAUGAAGCAUUUUUCAUUUAAAUUUUUGAAGAAAAAACAUGUACAUUUGCAUGAAAUAGUUUGUAUAUUAUUUUGCUGGUGUAAUUUCAAAAGUUGGUUAGUUGUUUUCAGUCAAUAAAGUUUGUUUCCGGAUU